AUGUUUUUGUGUAAUCCAGUUGUUAUUUUCAGCGAGGCAUACACAUUCAGCGAUGGAGUAGGUAUGAUAAGUUACGGGUUCGCAGCAGCCAUCGCCAAGGAUAUGUCCUUAGGGAAUUGUGUGCCAAGUUGUUACCAGUUUCGUUUUCGCGGCAUGAAAGGUGUGGUGGCAGUCAAUCCAGUACUGGAUGAGAUAGCUUCUUGGGCAAGGAAGAACGGGAUGCCGCCCCCCAAACGUGAAUUUGGCAAUUGGUGUCUGAAACUGAUUUUCCGACCAAGUCAGAUAAAAUUCAACGCCAAACGUACUGAAAAAGACUCGCUAGAGAUCGUAAAGUACUCCUCACCUAUUCCGGUUGCCCUGAACAAACCAUUCAUUUGCAUUUUAGAUCAGGUGUCCGCAAUGCAGUCAUAUGCAUGUCACGUUCGGGUAACGAAUCGUAUUGAAGAACUGCUCGACCUACAAAUACGAGCAAUGGCUAGGACGAUGCUGCGAGAACACGAUUGUCGUAACAAGCUUAAGGAAAUGCCACGCCGUAUAGAUAUCGACAGCUUGUCUGUGGUCUGUGGUUUUCAACUUAGCACUGAACCUUUUUUCCGAUCACUUAUCAAAGCUACGAUCAAAUUUGCAGUUACUAGACAAUUAAGAAAACAGCAGAUUCAAAUCCCGCAUGACAAAGGUCGUACCAUGUUGGGUGUCGUUGAUGAGACCGGGCAGCUGCAGUAUGGCCAAGUUUUUGUGCAGUACACUGUAAAUAUGAACCUAAAGACGCCCCCUCCAAAUGCAUCGAGAAACAUUCUAACGGGUAAAGUACUGCUCACGAAAAAUCCUUGUGUUGUCGAGGGCGAUGUCCGUAUAUUUAAUGCGGUGGACAUUCCUGAUUUACGACAUUUAUGUGAUGUUGUUGUUUUCCCGAUACAUGGACCGAGACCGCAUCCUGACGAAAUGGCCGGUAAUGAAUAUCUUAUUUUGGUUUCUCCAGACGAAGGUGCACAGAUCCAGCAUCUACGAUCCUACGAUAUUCGUUACUACGUCUGUGCGUGCGUGUGCGUCCCUGUGUUUGUUGAGAAUUCAUAUCUAUCGUAUGAAUAG